AUGCAACCGGGACUCUUCCGCCCGCCGAUUUCGCCAGCAUCCAGCUCUGGCUACCUGCCGCAGAGUCGACCCUUUGGCGACGUGCCCAUGCCAGCAGCCACCCCGAAGCGCAGGCGCAUCCGCGACCCUCUGCGGCGGCAGCUUGACCGAGCCCAGAACCAGAGCGGCGGCGGCUACUUCAGCCCGGGUCAUCACGACGACGAACCUGCCGCCGCUAACAACGACAACGACAACGACAACAACAACGGCAGCAGCGCUUCCGUCCUCAUCACGCCCGCCGGAAGACAUGCGCAAAACGGCCGACCUUUUACACUGGCAGGGCAGCUGGCGACCCCCCCCUGCGGGCUGCCGGGAGAGAGUGAUCUGCUGGGCGAGAGCGCCCACUCGGACGGGGACUACAGGAAGGCCCUCGGGUCAAAGAGACGUCGAGACCAAGUCGACGCGGACGAGCAGGCCAGCGGAGCGGCUCCCCUGUUCAGCCUUCCCUCUCACCACGACGACCGGACGGCAGGCUGGAGCACGCUGGCGUUCAGCACGUUGGGUGGCGUGGUCGGCAAGGUGUGGGAGUUUUGCAAGGGCGGAGCCUUCAGGGGCUUCUACGCUGGCGGAGGACGAGGCUUCGACCUGCGCUCAGACAAUGGGCUGCCUCCCGGCGACGACGUGUCGGGUCCCGAUCGGUCGUGGCAGCAAGGGCCAACGGACGGCGCCGGCGGCGGUGACGACGACCGCGAUGACGGCGACCACGACGACGGUGAUGACCGUGGCAAACGCCAUCGGCACAUCCCCGGGCACUUUCCCCAGGGCGACGGCUGCAACGAGCGAAGUGUUGGAGGUGUCGGAGGUUGUGUGGGGGCAAGCUACCUGGCCAGCGGGACGGCGACGCCGCCAGCACCGGCCGCCAAGCGCAGACAGACGGCAGCGACUGAAGAGCUGGGCAGAAACUGGGUCAUGGUCAGAGACCAAGCGGGCCACUCACCUGGAGCCGCGGGCGCGGGCGCGGGCGCGGGCGCGGGCGCGGGCACGGCGCCCAACCGGAGCCCACACCGACCGUCGCCGCGGAACCGCAACCAGGGCCCCUGCCCGGCGACCGGACGCCGCAUCUCCACGCCCAACGGACGCCGCGGCGCCGGCAAGCCCGCCAGCGCGGCCGCGGCAUCGCAUCGAGCAUCGCCCCGUGCUCUGCCUCUGCCGUCGGGGCCGCCGCCCGCGUCGUCGGCGUCCUUCGCCUCGCCUCGCUCCCCCCCCGCCGCGAGGUUCGGCGGCGCGGCGCCCGCAGCCGUGCUGGCCAGCACCGCGUCCCCAGCCACGCCGGCCGCGUCCCGCCGCAGACGGCCCACCAGCAGCAACCCUCCGUCUCGCCCGCCCGUCGGCCACGGCCACGGCCACGGCCACGGCCACAGACGCACGCACAGCAGCGCCUCGGCGGCAUCCACCCGCGGGGCCGCCGACGACCUCGACUGCAGCCCGCGCCUCGACGCCGAGGCAAGACAGCUCGCCGCCCAGCGGCACCGGGAGGAGCGCGACGCCCACGUCCGCAUGGCCGCCCUGAACAAGCAGCUCCAGGAUAUGAUUCGGCAGGGCAAGGAGGCGCUGGGCACCACGGUCGAGGUGCACGCCGAGGAUGGCGGCUGGGAGGACUACUGA